AUGGACAAGUCCCUCCUGCUGGGGCUCCCCAUCCUGCUCUGCAGCUUCAGAGGUGAGUCCCGGGGUCUGACAGCUGGAGGGGUGUGUGAAGGCAUGUGACGUCUGCUCUCACUUCGGUCCCCCUACUCUCCGGUCCCCACUAUAGAAAUUAUCCAGUGUAGGAUGUGCCACUUCCAGUUUCCAAGGGAGAGCUGCUUCAAAGGCCGAGGAAUAUGCACUGCGACAAUGGAAGAGUCUUGCCUAACUGGGAGGAUUUUCAAAAAUGACGGUUUUGCCUGGAUGACCUUCAUGGGCUGCCUGAAGAACUGCGCGAACGUGGACCACAUGCGAUGGGGAGUCUACCUGGUGAAUUUCAGGUGCUGCCGGAGCCACGACCUGUGUAAUGAGCCCAUGACCACCACUGCCCCGACCCUGCCCCCAAUCCAUAUGCGGUAACGUGAUUCUGAGUAAGCACGUUGCCAACCGCAAACCCGUCCUCACCGAUACUUGCCAUGUUCUGGUUUUGUGAUCGUGGUCCCCUUAGUGGGUAUGAAGUGGCAUCUCACUGUGGUUUUCACGUGAUGUCGAGCCAUUUGUAUGUCUUUGGAGAAAUGUCUAUUCAAGACCUCUGUGCAUUUUUAAAUCAGCUGGUUGCUCUGAGGACUUCCUUUU